AUGGUAAAGAAAAUUUAUACAAAUUCUAACAAAACUAUUAAAAAAAGUAGUGUUGAAGAAGAUAAUGAUAAAGAUUCUUUAAAAGAACAUGAACUUAAUCUAAGAGAAAGAGAAGCAAAAAUUCAUGAAAUGGAGUCAUUAAUUACUAAAAAGGAACAUGAUCUAAAAUCUACAAAAUAG